UGCGCAGAAUCUUUCGACGACGUUCAUUCGGUUCAUUUGGGUUCAUUCCAUUCUAUUCGAUCGACUGCACGUGGUGAUUAUUUCGAACGUAUUAUUGUCGCGAAAAUAUUGUGAUUAUCUUAGUGAAUUGUAUUAUCAACAAGCAUGAAGAUCCGCAAAAAGCAAAGCAAGCGUAUGCCAGCGGCGAAGAGAUAUAAGAUUGAGAAAAAGGUUCGCGAGCACAAUCGAAAAAUGAGGAAAGAGGCCAAGAAACAUUCUAAAAAAAAAUCUAAAAUGAUGGAAGUGCCGAAUCAGUGUCCUUUUAAAGAGGAUAUAUUGAAAGAAGUGGAGGCAAUGAGGAAACAACAGGAGGAGGAAAAACAGAAGCGGAAGGAGGAAGCACGCGAAAGAAAACGCGAGCAACUCGCGAAGGAUGGUCUCCAGGGUUUGGUUAAUCGGGCUGAGAAUAAACAAUUGGCACAUAAGCCCAUGGAAGUAGAUUCUCAAGAUCAAAUGAAAAAUGCUGUUACUAAGGAAGAAAAUUCACUUAAAGCGUAUUACAAAGAAUUCAAAAAGGUUCUGGAUGCAGCUGAUGUCAUUCUUGAAGUUGUAGAUGCUCGUGAUCCAUUGGGAACACGAUGCAAAGAAGUAGAAGAAGCAGUGCGAUCAGCACAGGGAAACAAGAGACUAGUGUUGGUUCUAAACAAGGCGGAUUUGAUUCCUAGAGAGAAUUUAGAUCAAUGGUUAAAAUUUCUGAGGACUAGUUUACCCGCUGUGGCAUUUAAGUCAUCCACACAAAACCAAGCAAAUCGAUUAGGUAGAAGAAAAUUAGGAAAGAAAACGGAAUCCAUGAUACAAAGUAAUACCUGCUUUGGAGCAGAAUUGCUCCUGUCGCUACUUGGAAAUUAUUGCAGAAACAGUGACAAUGUAAAAACAAGUAUCACGGUGGGUGUGAUUGGUUUGCCAAAUGUAGGAAAGUCUAGCGUUAUUAAUUCUUUGAAACGCAAUAAAGCAUGCAAUGUGGGAAAUAUACCAGGAAUAACGAAAACGAUGCAAAUUGUUCAGUUAGAUUCUAAAAUAAAAUUGUUGGAUUCUCCUGGUAUAGUAUUUGCUAAUUCGGAUGAAAAUUCUGAUGAUACAUCUGUGGCUCUAAAAAAUGCAGUAAGAAUUCAAGCGUUGAAAGAUCCCUACACGCCAGCGACUGCGAUUCUAAAAAGAGUUUCGCGACAACAGAUAAUGGAAUUAUAUGACAUGCAAGAUUUUUCAACGCCAGAUGAAUUUUUCGCAAUGAAAGCUGCACGAAUGGGAAAGUAUAGAAAAGGUGGAAUACCUAAUGCGGCUGCUGCCGCGCGCAGCAUUGUUGAGGAUUGGAAUUCCGGAAAAAUCAGAUAUUACACAGUACCGCCUGAACAAUCGGUAACUCACGUAUCCGCCGAAAUAGUUAGUCAGAUGGCUAAAGAAUUCGAUAUCGAAAAUUUUGUUGCAGAAGAAAAAAUGAUGCUCGAUAAUUUAGAGACAGAUGUUGCAAGUAAUCCUAUAGAUCCUGUGUUGAUCAAUAGUACAGGGCCUGUUACGGCGGCAAUGAAGAUCGAAAUACAAAAGGAAGCGGAAUAUAAAGUACAGAAGAAAUUAAAAAAGAAAUUGAAAAAGAAGGGUGUGUCUACUGAAAGACAAAAGAAACCAGAUCCACUUUUCGAGAUUGAAGGUAAUAAAAAAUUGAAUAAACUCAAGAAACUUCAAUUCAAGAAGGAAAAGAAAAACCGAGUGAGAAGAGAAAAAGCCGCUGCUAAACUAGCAGGACAGCUUCAAGAAUUUAAAUUGACUUCCGAUGAUUAUGACUUCAAUACAGAUUUUACAAAUGCGUAGGUUAUUAUUAAUAUUUUGUAGUGAUCGUGGCGUAGAAUCAUGCAUUUGCUUUUCAUGCUGAAGAUUCGGGUUCAAAUUUCACUGAUUAGAAACAUCUAAUUUUAUUUGAUCGCUAUCUCUCGGAAGACAAUGGCAAACCACUGAGAGUAUUUUGCCAUGAGAAUCCCUUUAAAUUAGACUAUUUGGAACUAGCGUUUAAACUGUAGGUUUCGUGUAUGUGUAAAUUAUAAAAAACGUACACCACAGAAAUACGUUGAGAGGUUACCAUUGAAAAGAGAUUAUUCAUGAACGUAUAUACGUUCAUGACAUACAACAAAAAUAUUAGUAAUGAUCUCUUAUCAGUCCUUAGCUCUUGUCAGAAUGGUGGUUCCUCAACGUAUUUUUGUGGUGUCAAUAAUAAAGAAAAUUUUGGUAUAUAAA